GCCCCGGAUUCAGGAUCUGCAGAGAGUAGUCACGGUUCCCAUCCCGGAGAGCGGGCACACAUCCUCAACUAUUUCUCCAACUCCCUGCUGGUCCACCACCCCACGGCAGCCCUUCACCUGGACGGGCUCCAGUUCCCUUCUUGUGGAAGCCUAGCUCCCGGGUCACAAGUAGUCUAGAGCAGCCUCUCGUUGGAGAAGGCGCGGUCAGCCCGGGUGCCCGGCUCCCCAAACCGGGUCAGGAGACCUCGGAGGGCAGGGCUUCCUGUGAGAAAGGGCCGGGAGGACGGUGGUGACCUCCUGGCUGCCUCUGCGGGCUUCCUGCCCGGCGAGGACUUUGCGAAGUCACCCACAGGAGGCCGCUCUUGGCGCGCGCGUGGGAGGUUCCGUGGCGCCGGAGGAUCGGCGACUGGCGGGUUCGGCGAGCUCGCACUGCCGUGGCAGGGACGGUCCCCCCACGAGGCCACGUCCUGCCAUUUUCAUCAGAGGCUCAGCAAGGCUCACGAACCCUCAAGUCCCCAGGAGAAGAGACAAGGCUCUGGAGUCCUGAUCUAGCUAACUGCCGGCACUGGAAGGCUCUCAGGCCAGAGAGCGUCAUGUUGUCCUUUGAAGAUGCUGACACAGAAGAGACCGUAACUUGUCUCCAGAUGACUGUUUAUCAUCCCAGCCAGCAGCAAAGUGGAAUAUUUAAAUCAAUCAGGUUUUGCAACAAAGAGAAAUUUCCUUCUAUUGAAGUGGUGAGAUUUGGAAGGAAUUCCAAUGUCUGUCGCUACACUUUUCAGGACAAACAGGUUUCCCGAGUGCAGUUUGCUUUACAGCCGUUUAAACAGUUCAACAGCUCUGUUCUCUCAUUUGAAAUCAAAAACAUGAGUAAGAAGACCAGUUUGAUGGUGGACAACCAGGAGCUUGGCUACCUCAAUAAAAUGGACUUGCCCUACAAGUGCAUGCUCAGGUUUGGAGAGUAUCAGCUCCUGUUGGAGAAGGAAGACGGGGAGUCAGUGGAAUCUUUUGAGACACAGUUUAUCUUGUCUCCGAGACCACUCUUACAAGAAAACAACUGUCCAACGCAGAGCCCUAUACCCGAGGAUGGGGGCUAUUCAUCCUAUUUCACUCAUAGGACUUCUCCAACAGAGAUGGAUGAGAAUGAAGUGUGAACAGAGUCCAAGCAGAGACUCAUGAAGGAUGAGGAGCCAUGGGUAGACCCUUGAAAGACACUCUACCUCUUAAGAGUUUAGA